AUGGCCUCGAAACAGGAUCUUUUCGGGCAGCUCUGGAAGGAAUAUGCCCUGUCCGACUCUCGAUACAUGACCUCGGACACGUUGGUGUUGUGCAUGGAGACGAUGACGGUGUUACUGUGGGGGCCUCUCUGCUUUGUCGUCGCCUACUUGACCACACGGCGGCAUUCCCUGCGACACCCGAUCCAACUGCUGGUGUGCAUGAGCCAUCUCUACGGGGAUACGCUAUAUUAUGCGACGAGCCUCUUCGAUGAUUAUGUCAAGGGGGUGCCGUACUGCCGACCGGAGGGGUACUAUUUUUGGCUGUAUUACUUUUUUAUGAACUUCAUUUGGAUUGUGGUUCCGGGUUAUUACCUUUAUGACAGCAUCUCGACCAUUUCGGCCGCGAUUCGGGCUCAACAGGUGUCAGCCGAGAGGCGCAAAAGCCAGUAA